CCCCAAUCAACUACCCUGGAUCCUCCGCACAUUAAUGCAAUCUGUGUAUCAAGCUCCUGCUUCCAGAUCAGAGCAGUAAUGAUCAAGUUGGGGUCACACCCUCUUGAUGGCGAUGAGCCGCAAUACUGGGUGGAUUUCGGAAGGGGAUAAAAGCGUGAGCUCCUGCACACAUGUAGAUAGUCGCGGUAUCUGGAAUGAGCCGCAGGACCCGUUUUGAGUCCCCAAAUACGAUUACGGAAUGCACUCCCACCGACCUCGACGAAGUUCGGGUUGGAGUGCUUGGACCUGGGACUCCGGUCAAAGAUGUCUCACACGGUCUCGAGAAAGUGGAAAAGGUGGCCAAAAAUGGGAAUUCAAGAAUGAAAAGGGACAGGUCUCCUCCAAAUAUGUCAAACCAAGCGACACUGUGACUUCCAACGAGGAGAACCAACCGAUUCAAGGCAAUGAAGAGGACGGCUCUGUGCGUGUUGACGACGCUGAUGACGGCGGAGAUGGUCUGAGCAGUGGGACGUUGACUCAAGAGAUGUCGAGUCUGAAUGUCCAAAGCGAUCCAUCGUCUAGUCUGUUGUCGUGGAAUUCAGGAGAUAGUAAAAGGCAAGAUUCAGUGACCGCUUUUGCUUAUUCUCCUCAGUCACCAGCACGCCAGAGCGCUGUAGACAGCUACACAGGUCCUUCAUACAAUGCCAAUCCACGUUCUCCGCAAGGGCAAUAUGAGCCACCUCGGUGGAAAGGUUCUAUGAGUAGUAGAAUCAAAACCAGAAAUCCUAAUACACGGUCUGAAGUAGACGACAAACAUUUUAAAGUGCAUGAGUCCAGAAAGUUCAAGUUCGGCAAGGUGUUUAGGAUCAUGUGGUCAGAACCAUUUGGCUCGAAUGGCACAGCCAUCACGUCUAGGGGCGCUUCAAGAAAUGCGACAUUGAAGUCCGGAGUUCAUGCUGAUGACCAUGCGGUCAUUUACACGGAUAGAGAUGCUGGUCCUGAGCCAUGUUUAUUGCCUGGCGAGAUUCUCAAGAAAAAGGCACUUCGCAUGGAGCCUGAAAACAGCUCCUUCAAGCUUGACACAACCUCCAGGGUCAAUUAUGCCAAAGUCUAUACUGUGGAACAUAAUGUUAAAGUUCAGUUCAUCGGGACUUUGUGUCGCAAUGCUCAAGCUCAGCUCAGUGCAGAUUACAAUGAUCAGCACCCUCUUAUCCAGGAAAUUGAGCCAGAGCCUGGGUAUGUGGUGCAUCGGCAUCCGAGGUCAAAUUAUACGCCAGGCCCUAUUCAGUACUACGAAGAUAUGAGGGGAGCACAAGACGAACUUUCUGAUGCACAAGCUAUUACCCCGAGCAGCGUCAAUCUUCCCAGAUAUGUUGCAGCCGCGGGUGUUGAAAUGCCCACAACUUAUGAAAAUACUCGGGAUGCCAAUAUGGAAAUGUAUCAAGACUCCACUUACACGAUUCAGCCACAAGAUUCGGCAGUAUAUGAUCUUAGCCAGGUACAAUUUACAGCGAGCCUCAGUACCAAUCCAAGGUCGGUUGAUGAGCUGCAUCGAACACCAAGGGUGGCAACGCCAGAUCAACACUACCCCAAUCAACAAUCUAAUUAUGACGAAAAUCAGCCACACUUCGAUUUUGACUUACAGAGAGGCACGCAGAUGCCCCACUGAGAUAUCUAUACUUCCGCGUGAUAUCACUCUAAUGACACGGAAGGAUACGACACAGAGCUUCUUUGGCCAGAAGCGAUUGAGUGCAUGGUCAUUACAGGUGCUAAGUCCUGUAUUUACGUUCGGCUCUGGUUCAUUGGUCCAGAGGUCUCAGUCUGCUCUCAACAUGAGUGAACAUGUUCACCAUCCAGCCUUGUGGUCUUUGAUGCUUCUAGCCCAACGAAUUUCCUUCGCUGCUUUUUCAUUGUUUUCGAUCUGGCAUACUACAGCCUCUAUUGCUUUCAUGCUCAACAUAAGUUAUUCCAUAUGAGUCAUACCAACGAUCAACAGUAAAGGGUAACAGGCCCAUGAUAAACGAGUCUCCUAUCAUAAACUCUGGCUUGUAUUUUGAGUUGCGAUACGCAUGCGUCUUUGGCUGGUUAUUUAUCUUGGACAACACUCAAUUGAUCUCAAUGGCUUGAAUCUUUGGGCAAAGGCACAUAUUGGGCUUUUCAAUACCAAUCAAAAGAAUCACGGAUACAUUGCCCGACCUGAAAUGAGAAAGCGUGCAGAGUUCUCUCACCGCCAGCGAUUUGUUUUUGAGCCUCCAACACUCGCCCAAUCAUGAAAAUUUUCUUCCAUUUGAGCUGUCUACUUGUCACUGUCUUUCAAGUUGGAGGUGCGCCGGGCCCAGGCAUUGGGCGUAUCACUCAGCUGGCCGCACCUGUCUGCCAGCUCAUCGUGCCGCUGAGGGACAUCAAUGCAUGAUAUGACAGCUCACAGGGCUGUAGAUACCCGCCUUUGACUCCCUGAACCAUGCACUUCUGCAUGAAAACAAUCCAGCAACCAUGCAAUGACAGAGAGCCUGCUGGGUAGUCUCUGGGCUUGCUAACACCCGGAGCGAGGGUCAAGUAUGAUCGUCAACCAAUGGAGUUCGGGCAUCAAAAUUGAGAGAACAUGGCUUUUGUGUCUGAAAUCUGUUUGGAUUUCACGACAAAUUUCCGAUACCAAUGAGAGAGGACGUUGAAAUAAAUUAGCGCUGUCGGUCCGGGCCUUAACUUAGUUCCCAUUGUGGGUCCGACUUAAGCGAGACUGCUCAGAGAACCGAAGUUAAGGCGAUGUGGGGAGGUUGCAUGUAAACAAAAACAUAAAUGUCCAAUAUCAUCAAAGCUUA